AUGCUGUGGAACGAAGCUGUUGUAUUUUUAACAUUUUCGGCUUUCUUCAUUGACGCAUCUCAAAUUACAAUACCCGACCCGGUACCUGGAGAGCUUUUAGAUUUUCAAACAAACAAUGAGCCAGCUUUCAACUGUCCGAGUGAUAUAGAGGCUGUCAGAAAUUGCAAACCAUAUACGCUCUUCACUUAUACUACCUGUUGUUUGGAUGAUGAUACCAAAUGUUGUUUCCAUAUGAAGGAAUGGGUUUGGAUAGCUGGAGGAGCAUUAGUAGCAUUAAUUGGAGCAAUCGCUUUAACAUGCUUAGCGCGAUGCAUAUUCCGAUUCAAAAAUAAAAGUCAGCAGAGCUAUGAUUUUGCCUAA